AUGCCGCACAACUACCGCGCGCUGGCGACGCCUCGGAGUCCGUCGCACACCCUCUGUGUCGCCUGGAGUACGCACACGGUGCUCGACGACGCGUCAGCGCUGCGCGUCGACAUGACGGACUUCGUCGCAACGACGCAGCUCUCGAUGUCCGUGGUGGCCGGCACCCUGCACCACCAAUCGGUGGUCGUCAAGUACGCCGAGAACGACGUCAAUUUGGAUGUCUUUGUUCAAACCGUCUCGCUGCAGAGCACGUUGAAGCACCGCCACAUUGCAUCGUUUCUCGGUUUUGGCUACGACCCGAACGACAAGGCUAGUCUCUGUGUCGUCGCCGAGCGCCUUCCGUUCGGGACCCUCGAAGCCUUCUUGCGCGACCAAAUGGACUGGUUCUGGGAGGCCAAGAUGAGCGUCGCCUUGGACGUCGCUCAGGGGUUGCACUACCUCCACGAGCGCAGCGUGCUGGCACCGCGCCUCCGGAGCCGCCAUGUCCUGCUCGUGUCGCACGAACACGCCAAGCUCGCGAAUUUCAGCCUCACGAACCACGUCGCCACGCCCGACGUGACGUAUUGGACCGCGCCAGAGGUCGUCCGCGGCGAGGCCUAUUCGUCGGCGGCCGAUAUGUACGCGCUGGGGUGCGUCUUCGCCGAACUCGAUACGCAUAAGCGACCGUACGCCGACGUGCCGCUGCCAGCCGCAACCAUUGCUUCUCGCGUCGUCACCAAAGGCCUGCGACCGUCCUUCACGGGGCACUGCCCCAUUGACAUCCGCAAGCUCGCAGACGAGUGCCUUCUGUCCGACCCGGACGAGCGUCCCACCGCGUCCGAGGUUGCCGCCGAGCUCACCAAGAUCCUGCUCUACCACCGCGGCUCGGGCAGGGUGUUGAUGCAGCCAUAA